AUGGCCGACUCUCAAGUUACCCUGCGCACGCGCAAGUUCAUCCGCAACCCUCUUCUCGGACGCCGUCAGAUGGUCGUCGACGUCCUCCACCCCAACCGCGCAAACGUUUCCAAGGACGAGCUCCGUGGCAAGCUCGGUGAGCUGUACAAGGCCAAGAAGGAGGAUGUUUCCGUCUUCGGUUUCAAGACACACUUUGGUGGCGGCAAGAGCACCGGCUUCGCUCUCAUCUACGACAGUGCCGAGGCCAUGAAGAAGUUCGAGCCCCGCUACAGGCUAGUACGAUACGGCAUGGCCACCAAGGUCGAGAAGGCCAGCAGGCAGCAGCGUACGUUUCCCUCGCCGAUACCCUACAUGGUCUUGUGGAUCAAGCAUUGGUUCUAUGAAUAA